AUGGCUGGACGUUCUGCGAGGACAGAUACAUGUCUGAUUGUUUUGUCCUGUUCCCUGGUCAACCUGGUCGUCAUGGGUUUCGGCCAGGGCCUGGCUCUCGUCUACGUCCACAUCGUCGACGUGUUCCAGACCACGCGGGCCACGGCGUCCUUGUUGCAGUCGCUGUGUUUUGGAAUCACAUUUCUAGGAUCCUGUAUUGGAGGCCCCCUGGCGGGAAAACUGGGACCAGGGAUAACCACGAUGCUGGGUUCUGUGACAGCCGCUGUUGGAGUUGUCGUGGCGUCGUUUUCUACCGACGUCAUCAUGCUCGUCAUCUCAGGAGGCGUUGUCGCAGGUAACGAUGUUCAUUAUGAUGACGGUGAUAACGGUGAUGACGGUUUGGGACUGUCGAUGAUCUACCCGUCUCAGUUUAUAACUGUAGGUCACGUAUGUGAACGAAGGAAAACGAUCGCCCUUUCGGCAAUGUCCGUGGCUUCCGGACUCGGUGGUUUCGUUUUCGCCUUUCUCAACUUUUACCUUCUCGAUGAGUUCGGUUGGCGGGGAACUCUGUUCGUCUCCGGAGCCAUCAUCUUGAAUUGUUUUGUUGGCGGGAUGGCCGUGUUUUCCCUCACAAACAAGAAGCAAAACCUUUCCUGUACCAAACCAGAACGAAGCUCCGGAUUCUGUAUAUCUGUUUUUCAACCCAAACUCUUCACGGAUUUAAAGUUUGUUUUGUUUUUAUUUUGUGGUUUGUUGAACUUCACCACAUUACCGACCUUGACCUUCUUUAUCGUAGACCACGCCCUUCAUCUGGGACUCGACAUAAAAACUGGUACAUUUCUCCUGUCGGCCAUGUCCAUAGGUAAUGUGUGCGGGCGUUUGAUUGGAGGAUUUGUCAACUCCGUGCUAAAGGUCACCAGCCUUAUUGUCUACGCCGUAUCGUCUUUCUUGGCGGGUGUUACUAUGGUAACGUUGGUGUACGUGACUGGUCGAACUGCCGUUUUGUUGUGUGUUGUCGUGAACGGACUAUUGUUUGGAGUUGCUAUAGUAACGGUUCCAGUAGCAACACUUGAGAUAGCCGGUCUGCGGCGGUAUCCUGCAGGUAUUGGAUACUACUUUGGAGUUAUCGGACUUGGACAUACUUUAUGCGGACCGUUUGGAGGUGGCGUCAAGGAUUAUUUUGGAUCAUAUGACAUAAUGUAUUACUGCGCAGCCGGAUGUGGUACACUGAGCGCUAUUCUAAUGACGUGUCUUGAACUGUAUUCGAGAACAAGAGAAGACAUGACACAUAAAGUUCCUGCGCAUGUUCAGGAAACGGACAGAGUUACACACAUGUGA